AUGAAGACGGAAGACUUUGACUUCAAGCUUGACCCUGCGAUCGUACCGCACGACCCUGUUGAGCUUCGCGGCAAGACUCGCGAUGGCGGAAAGAUGAUUGUGCUUGAUCGCUCUGGAGGGAAGAUCGAACACACUUCAGUUUCCUCCAUUUGUGACUAUUUCAGGCCAGGCGAUCUUCUGGUGCUGAAUGACAGCUACAUGCUCUUAAACAUGUUGGAGUUUAAGCACGGCGAUGGUACUGCGCAAGUGUCCGUGUAUGGCUAUGAGCCUGGCAACAUAUGCGUUGUCGGAAUUGAAGCUGAAGAACUCUUGGUCCAGGCGGGGCUCGUUCUCACGUCAAUGGAUAACAACAAGCUCACUCUCCAUAUUCAAGAGCCGCAUCCUGACCACACUGGACAGCUUUGGAGGGCAAAGUUUGAGCCCUUUGAUCUUUUGGUGUCAACGCUCGAGCAACAUGGACAGCGCUUGGACAAGUUCAGUCUUCUCCAUACGACAUACUGGAAAACCGCUCCUCAGGCGUAUCGUUCCGUGUUCGCUAGAAAGCCUGGCUCCCUACAGAUCCCGUCAGCUGGGCUUCAUUUUUCAAGAGAAAGCCUAGCAGAGGCCACCGCCAAGGGAGUUGAGAUUGCGUAUAUCACGUUGCAUGUUGCUACAGCUGGCAGUCUAAUGGACAGAAAAAUUGACGAAGAGAAUAUUGAGGAUCACAAAGUGGGGUCAGAGUAUUAUGAAAUCAGUGAAAUAGCAGCUGCACAACCUACACCACCCACGGUCUAG